CACGGUAAACAUGCUGGGACCGUCGAACUUUAACUAAAGUGACAUUUCGCCAACAGGGAUUAAUUAGCUCAAAUUGUGAAGUGAACUAACAUGGAGUUUCACUGGUAUAACCUGGUGGUUUCACAAAAAUACAAAACAGGAUGACCUUUAACCUUGGCGUUUCUGUGUAUUCAGAUUCUUGGUAAUUAACAACAAAACAGCAGAAUGCCUCAGAUUAAAACAUUCUGUCGUAUAAAGCCGACACCAGAUUACUACCCGGAGUUCGAGGUUAGCCAGGAAACACUGUAUUUACGAGUUCCUGAAGUGUUGCGUGAUUUUACAUCCAGUGGGAAGUCACGGGGAGCUGUGAUAAGCCAUGAGUUCAAAUUUAGCUACAUAUUCAACAACACAGCUACACAGGAGGAGGUGUUUGAUGUGGCGGCAAAGGACAUCGUAGAGGGUUUCCUCAAUGGCUACAAUGGGACAAUAUUUGCGUACGGUCAGACUGGGACAGGUAAAACCUUCACAGUGGAGGGUGGAUCUAAGUCCUAUGCCCAUAGAGGACUUCAGCCAAGGGCACUGUCUAUGAUCUACAAGGAACUGGAGAAAAGACAGGAUGAGGAUAUCAGCAUACACAUAUCCUACUUGGAAAUUUACAAGGAGGUUGGUUACGAUCUCCUUAACCCCGGUGCCAGGACCCAGUCUGUUGUCACACCCUUCCCCAAGGUAAACGUGUUGGAGGGUGCGGGUGGCGUGUGGGUGGUACGUAAUCUGUCUGUUCAUUACGCGGCCAGUGAGGAUGUGGCCCAGAACUUGUUACUACAGGGUCAGGCUAACAGACGAGUCGCCGCGACAACCGUCCACGACAGAUCCUCGCGUUCUCACGCUGUCUUCACUGUCCAGCUCUCCGCCAAACAACCCAACUCUGAUGUCAUCAUCAAAUCUAAAUUGCACUUGGUUGAUUUGGCUGGAUCAGAGCGCGUCUCUAAGACAGGGGUCCAAGGUAAUCUACUAGACGAGGCUCGGUCUAUCAACUUGUCCCUUCAUUUCCUGGAGACUGUUAUCAUUUCCCUCCAAGGAGAGUCCACACAGGGAAACAAACGUAUUGGCAGUGCAGGACUCGCACGCAGUCAAUCAUUCAGACAUAGUCGUCAUGGCGCCCGACCAAGUUCUGCAGACCUGUCAACCCCGAAACAUGUCCCCUACCGGAACUCGCUACUCACUAUGGUCCUCAGGGACAGUUUGGGAGGGAACUGUCUCACUGCUAUGAUAGCAACCACUUCACUGGAAAUAGAGAACAUUGGAGAGUCUAUAUCUACGUGUAGAUUUGCCGGCCGCGUGGCCUGUAUCGCUAACAGUGUCUCGAGUAAAGUAUGGAGAAACGAGGAAGUUGAUGAGAAAACUUUGAUUAAAAAGUUAAGGAAAAGAGUAGCUGAACUGGAGACAGAACUAUCUUGUAUCAGGGCCGCCAGGGAAUCUGGUACAAACUUCAGCAUAGAGGAGAUGAACGCCAAACUGACCGACGAGGACAAAAUUCUGUGCGGACAGGUGGUGUCCAGAUACCUGGGUGGUCAGCUCAAUGACCCAGUGACUGCAGGUAUAACAAGUCCAUAUAAGUUUCGAGAAUGUCUGAAGAUUCUGAAGCGUGUUAUCACCGAUGGCAACCACAACAUGCUGGACAACAAUUACCCACAAAUCACUGGUGUUCCGGACGGUUACCAUAGCGCUGAUGAAGUGGUUGGUCACCAGAGAAAGGAGAAAAUAUCUCGGGAACAACCUUCAAAACGCCGCACAGAACCUGAAAAGCUAGGGAGAGAAAAAACUGUGGACUUUCCUAUCACCACAAAUGCUUGGGAGAGCCAAGAGGUGAAAGCCCAGUCUAAACCUCGCCCGCCACCUCGUGUGAGACAACACCCACCCCGCAACGUCACCGACACCAAUGGCACCCAGCAUCCCGGUAUCCCUGUCGUUGACGACCUAGCUCAAACUGACACAGAAGAAACUAAAGAAACGCCCCAAGAGGACAGGGUCAAACCAGAGCGGACUUUGUCAGACAUGUUAGUGUCUAAAUCCAGACGGAGUAAAUACCAGUCUCCAUUUGAGCAGAAACGUGUGAAGGAGAUAAAGAAACUCAAUAAUAAGGUGGAGACUCUUCAGCAGGCUCAGAUAGAGAAAGAGGGUGAACUCGUCGAGAUGAAGAUAGGACUUGCUGAACAGGAACUCAACAUCGUGGAGGAGCAGAUCAGGAACAAACUUAAUGUUACAAAGGAACAGGUAGACGACCAGCAUGCUUACGUGGCUCAGCUGGAGACAACGGAGGCAGACCGUAGCCUUAUAGAGCGGGAAAAACUGGUGGAAAAGCAGCUCCGUAGACGACAGAAUAAGUUUGACAAGAAACUGGAGGUUCUGGAGGCAAAGCGAAACCAGCUACAGCAACACUCGGAGGAGUUUCACCAGGAACUUGAUAAUGUGGAGAAACCAACAGUGAAGGAGCAGUACGGCAAGUACCGCAACCGUGACGGCAGUCUCAACACACGACAGGUGUUCGAAAUGCUGAAAACAAAGGAGAAGAAACAGGAAAAGGUACACACAGAGAUAGAUCAUGAGAAAGCGUGGAUUUACAAUAAACAUCUGGAAAUGCGGGAAGCUGCAACACGGGAAAAGUUAAAGCAGUUUAAGGAAAUGCUAAGAAUGUCUCGCACUGCAGAUGCACGAGGAUAUGUUAGUGAGGACGAAGGACGUCGUGGAGCCAACACAGCCCCAGGACACUUUGUAAUGAACGGGGAUCAUCAUGUACCUCAGGACAGAGAGCGUGUUAAAACGUCUGAUGUUCACCCUGGGACACAGCAAACAACUCGUACACAGCACACGGCUCCAUCAGAGCCACCAGGCACUCGGCAAACAACUCGUACACAGCACACGGCUCCAUCAGAGCCACCAGGCACUCGGCAAACAACAAGAACCAAUUUCACUACAGUACCGUAUAAUGAUAUUCCUCAGACUCGGCAGACUGUACGAACAGAGUAUACUGAGAGUUCGAUCAAUAAUAAUGUGCCCGGUACCAGUCAGACAAAUCGUACAACCGGAAGCCAAUUCGAUGAAAGGCCUGGCUCUAGUAAGAGCAUGAGGUCUAUACCAGAUUCCGAUUUUUAUGCUCAAAAGAAACGCGACAAAGAUCCAACAUCUCGUUGGGAAUCUUCUUAUUCACGACCGAGCACAGCUCAAAGUGUAAGGUUUGAUCUUGGCAAUGGCCAAGCAGUGCUUCCAAAUGGCAUCCCCGUAGACAAUGGUGUCUGGAUGACAAACAAUGGGGUCGGGAUGACGGAUGACUUUAAAUCAAGUUCACAUAAAUCAGAACAAAAAAGAACUGCGUACGAACCAGAACCUGAAAUUGUGAAUGGUUAUGAGUCAGAUCCAAGAGACACUGUCAUGCCUAGUGAAUAUGUGUAUGGCAUGGAGGCAGGUGAUAAAUUUGACGGACGGAAAAUGGGUCUGUCAUCACAAACCUUUGAUGCAGCUUUAGCUAACAUGUUAGAACGUGAGAACCAGAAUGUGUAUUAUGACAAUGAUGAUUAUGAUCAAUAUGCAAGGACAAGUGGACAACCUAAGACUAAUUCUCGUAAACCUCGAGUACAGAGUCCCUAUUAUACAACACCCUACCCUCUCAGUGGUUCAUCCAAACAGCCCAGGGACGUUAGACAGGGGCGGAGUCCUGUACGAAAGGGGAGGAGUCCAGACAGGAGAGGGAUGAGUCAGGAGAGAGGGCGAGGCCAAGGAAGCAGGAGUCAUGACCGGGCAGGAGGAAGCCGUGAACGGGCUGGAGGUAGCAGAGAACGUCAGACAAACUGGUCAGAUGAUGAAGCUGUGUUAGAAUCACUGAUGCGUGCAAAGCAACAACAGCAGAGUCGUGGGCGCAGUCGAGACCGCUCCAAAUCGCAAGAAAGGUCAGAGGUCAAACAUAGCCAAGAGGACAGUGACUGGGAAUUAUGGCCUAACAGUCGCAACACAAAGGCCUGGGGACCAGAGGCUAGGCAAGCGUCGAUCCACGCCAAGCUUGGGAUGCAGACGCCAGAGAAGAAGCAGAGACGAAAACCAAGGAAACGAACCAAAGCUAAGCGCACCCUUGAUGAGAACUUGGCUGUGUACGAUGAGAGUAAUCUCCCUGGAGGUAAGAAAGGCCAGCUGGUAUGGGAGGAGGCCCCAGUGUUGUCCCAGGUUACGGCGCUGCCCGAGGAGAAGGCAGAGGAUGUGUUCAUGACAAAAGUGCAGGAGCAGAAGGAUCGCGUCAGUAAGAUACGAAAGGCCCGUGCCUCCGCGGAAAUCAUACAGCGCACCUGGAGAAGAUUUGCUGCCAAGAAAAAGGUGCAAAAAAUGAGAAAAGCAGUUAGGACAUAGGAGUUAAUUGAAUCUGCAAUGUGAUUUUAUGGACAAGAUAACUAGAAAUGACAAGGUUCAUUGUGAGCAAAACAUUGAUCCAUUUAUUUUUUACCCUGUUUGAAUCAAGUGCCUUUUGAUUUUGGAAAAAAAUCCAAUCUUCUUUUAGUUACCUUUUAAUGUUGAACCAUUUGAACAAGAGGAUGGUAACAUUGUGAUGUGUGUAUAUGGUGCUGUGAGGAACGUGACAUAAAAGGGGGAGACAACCUAGCUAUCAGAAUCUCGUGAUAUAAACUUGAUAGUGUUGGUAGUUACUGUGUGUAUUUGCUGCAUUUACUUGUACAUUCUUUGUGCGUGAUAUUUAAGUGCCUCUAUCAUUGUAGGAACAUGAUAAGAAACUUGGACGGUUAUUGUUUAGUCCCCACUAAUAUUUCAUAUGAGAUUUUCUAUGAAUAUUUUGAAAGUGCCUGCCAAAUAGAAAGCCAUUUCCGUCCUAUGGCAAAUGACAAUCGAAAACCAGUUGGUAUUUCUGUCGAAGUAUGAAUUUGAUGUAAAUGACAUAAUUGAUCCCUGAUUAUAAGUAUGGCAAAAAAAGAGUUAAACAUUUUCUGAUGAGAAAACAUAUUUGACAAGUGUGAUCAGAAUCCACUAUUAAUGCUGUAUACCGGGAUAGCUUCAGUGCAGUUCAAUUUUCCUUUUUUAACCGCAGUAAUGAAGGCAAAUUUAUCGUUACAGCGAAUAUUAGCAAACAACAUAAAAAAAACAUAGUAAUUAAAUAUUAAGGGCAAAGUUAACACUGGGUGAAUAUGGAUUAUUCUGGCAAGGGGCGAAAGAUUUUACUGGGCGUAAAUGUCCCAGUAUGCAGUACCACUUAUACAUAUGCAUUAAGACACGCGUAACCCGUGUGUAACACUGCUAUAGGAUACGUGUUCCUUGUAUAACCACAUUCAGUGACCGAGACCUCUAUUAGGGGUACUGCAUUUCUCUGAGAAGUGCACAAAAAUAAAUCUCAUUUAACAAAUUUAUAUUCAGUGUCACAUGACCAUAAUGUGUUGCAUCAAAGCCCAAAUUGUUAGUAACAUCAAGCUAAGAGAUCUCAUUGUAUAAACAAAUAUACAUACCAGUAAUUUUUCAACUGUCAAUCAAAUUGACUUUUCUUUUCUUUUACAUGUAUGUACAUGGUUUUAAUUGUGUUGCCAUUAUAAUUAUUGACCAUUGAGUUAAACUGUUCAGAUUUUCAUUUUUAGAUUUUACUGUUUAUUGUCACUUAGAGAGAAUCUAAUGUAGAUUUGUGGUAUUGUCUGUGAUAUUUUGUAGGAUAUAUAUAUUAGAUAAAGAAAUCACCUUUCUCAAAUAUUUACCUUUUAGAUACAUUUUUCAUACAUAUCAGAUAUUGUUGACUUGAUUUUUAUAUAUAUUUUAUAGGAAUACUAAUAUAUUGAUGAGUUAAUAUUUAUUAAUAGCCAAAUGCCACCCUAUUUAAAUUAAUGUAUUUAUAUAUACAUUACAUUCAUGUCUUUAGUGCCUGUCCAUUAAGUUUACAUGUUACCUUAUAUAUAAGGUAUAAGACGUGUGUUUGUGUUAGAGUUAUCUUCCUUAACGUAUUGAGUCAAAAGCCAUGCUUUAAUUUUAUAAUGUAUACAGUGUCAGAUGUUUGACAUCAUCGACAAUUUUGAAAACCCACUGUCCUCUAUGAAUUUUGCAUCGUUUAGUUUAUGAUAUAAACACAUAUUGGCCAAGUUCAAGAUAGGUAGUGAACAGUGUUCACUAUAGCUACAAUAAAUGUUUAUGAUGCCACAUUAUUUCCAUGCCUGAAUACCUAUAAGCUACCUUGACAGCCAUUUUCAAUUUGAUAGACACUUUCAUGAUAUCGAUGCUUCAAACUUUCCAAAGUCUUUCGUUUAGGAUGCAUGCCUAAUUCUGACAUUUAAUCUGUUAACUGUAUUACAGUUGCAUCCAUUUCAACUGAAUUAGUUUCAGAUAAAUAGUAAGGUUUAAUUUAGCAGUUCAUGAUUUGUGUAAAGUGAUCUUCAUAAACAAAAUAUUUUAAAGUUGGAACUCUUUUUGAAAGGAAAUACAUAUCCCAGGAAUGAAGUCCUUAACCUGAAGGUACAUUAUUUGUGAUGUUUUAAUGAUAAUGUGUCUUACUUGUCCAUGACAUGUACAUUUCAUCAUGAUUCCCGGUAACUUCUGUUAAUAAUUGUGACAGCUCCAUAGAUUUGUUUUUAAUAGAAAUAUAAUUUUUGAUAAAACAACUACAAUAUAAGGAUAUUAAUGCCUAAUUGUAAUUUUCAUGAUUGUACAAACCCCUGUUGCUUUCAAACAUGAUAUGAUGAUGAUGUGCAUCAUUGCAUCUUGGAGAAGUUUUUACAAUGAAAUAUGGUUUAUUUACCAAAGUAAAGAGCUAGUGCUUUAGUUUGAAUAUCAAUGCAACUUCAUCAUGUUGGAGGUUUUCUUUUUCAUUCCUGUUACAUUUUGAAUGUGUUGCUUACCAGUUACAGAGUUUAACCCGAUUUUGUGGGGAAUAAGUACCAAAUGUAAGGUUAGAAUGAACACUAGUGAUAUAAAAUCAUAUUAAUGCCAGCUUAACAUCAGAGCAAGAUUUCAAAAUUACAUAUCAAUCCAGAAAUUUACUGUUUUCAGUAAUGAUAUACAUGUACUUAUUGUCUAUGAAAGAUCAAUAAAGAUUUUGUGGGCAUUGGCAUUAUUUAUUGUGACAAAUUAAAGAUUUGUGUGAAGACAUGCAAGUGUGUAUGGUAAAUGUUUUAAAUUUGAUUUGUGUGAAGACAUACAAGUGUGUAUGGUAAAUGUUUUAAAUUUGAUUUGUGUGAAGACAUACAAGUGUGUAUGGUAAAUGUUUUAAAUUUGAUUUGUGUGAAGACAUACAAGUGUGUAUGGUAAAUGUUUUAAAUUUGAUUUGUGUGAAGACAUACAAGUGUGUAUGGUAAAUGUUUUAAAUUUGAUUUGUGUGAAGACAUACAAGUGUGUAUGGUAAAUGUUUUAAAUUUGAUUUGUGUGAAGACAUACAAGUGUGUAUGGUAAAUGUUUUAAAUUUGAUUUGUGUGAAGACAUACAAGUGUGUAUGGUAAAUGUUUUAAAUUUGAUUUGUGUGAAGACAUACAAGUGUGUAUGGUAAAUGUUUUAAAUUUGAUUUAUGUGCACAAUGAUAGGGAUUUGAACGUUAACGGGGUCCAUGAAAUUGAGAAUCUUACUGAAAAUAGGAAAUAUCUGGUACAGCUGUUAGCAAUAACAGAAUGUGAGUUUUUUAUGUUUUUUAUUAUUAUCCAAUGCUGCAUAUUUGAUGUUCCAUUCUAUCUCCAAUAAAGGCAAAACAAAAAUUGUUGGGGAAGUCAAUGAAAAAUUCAAUUUUGACAAUUGGGAAAUUUGCUUGAACUCAGAAUGGAUAUGGAUCCUUUAUUUGGACCCGUAACAACGCGAGGGAAAACCUAUUGAUGAUCAAAUAUAAUGCAGACUAUUUAAUGAUACGCCCUGUGCCUGAACAGACUUGCCUACUAAACAGCAUUCCUAUGUUGAUGUGUUAAUUUAUUAUCUGUUAAUGAGUUUAACUUAUGAGAUUAGUUUCAAUUGAGGUCACAGUGAAUAUUUAUAGACUAGCAAAUGUCAUAGCAAAUUCAUAGAAACGGUUGUAAAUAGUUUUUUAGAGUAGUGCUAUUUAAAGUUACAUUUGUACAUACAUGUACAUGUAUAUUGAUCAAAAAAAUAUCAGAAUCCUUUUUAAGUGGAAGAUACAUAAUUUAAUAAAAGCAAACACUUGUAUUAAGCCAGUCCUCAUUACUAAAGUAAAUAUAACCACUAAUUAGGUUGUCUCAACUAGUGUUAAAAUUCUAUAUAAAAUUGUUCCACCAGUACUCCUAAAGCUUAGAAAAGUGGCAUGGUUGCUUGAUCAAAGAUGAAAUAAUUGAAAUCUCCAGAAUCAGCUCUUUUGAGACCAUUCAACAUAUGUAUUCAAGGUUUAUAUUUAAUUGUCAAUUCUAAACAAAACAGAGGCUGUUUCAAUUUCUUGUCCGUCAUAUUUUUUAAACGAUCAACAGAAUAUCCCAAUUUUAGUACACUUUAAAACGUUUUGUAGAGUUCAUGUAGUUCAUGUAGUUCAUAUAGCGAUGACGCCGAUUGAAAGCUGUGAGCUUCUUAUGGCGCGUUUGAAUAUAUGUUAAAAUACUUGUUAAAAAAAAAAACAUGGGUCUUCAGUAAUGUCAUGAAUAAGAUUGUGACAUUGUUGUUGAUAUGACAUCAUUUAAUUGUUUCAGGUCUUUUUUUGGUCAGUAAAGAUUAUAAAUAGAUAAAAUCAAAAUAUGUACCUUCUUUUAUGUGUCAUUCUAUGUUUAUUGUCUCUUCAGCAUUAUGCUGUACUAGAAACAGACCUCGUUAUAUUCUGUGGUAUAAAUCACUUCACCCCUAACAGGUUUUUCAUGAAACCAUUCAGAUUGGGUUAGAUGAUACUGCUUGAUCAUUUUGAAUUAAUUAUGUACACUGUAUUGACAACUUUGAUGCAGAUGAGUAGUUAUUUUACUGAUAUUGUGACAGAUAUCAUUUUGAAAUUUAUUUUUUAUGCAUAUUAAAAAAAAAA